AUGAACCUGGGGCGGCUGAGGCUUGUAUGCCGACAUGGACAUCGAGAGCCCUGCUCCGUUGGCUCCCGAAGCCGCCUCCUCCUCGUAUGCCAAAGUCACCGUGUCUGGCGACUCAAGCUCCUCGUCCACGAUUAUGGGCCUCUAACCCUGGCCUCGGCCACGGCCCUCAUCCCCGCAACGCUGCCUGGACCUGUUUUCAGGCCCGGCUAUCUCGAAAGUGUCCAAAGCAUAGCCAUGGCUCAGAUCUUCAGAGCAGGGGCUAUGCCCAAGUUCGUUGGAUUUGAGUCCAUGCACGGCAACGGGGGCUGUGUUGCUGCUGCCUUGGGUCGAGUUGCUUACAUGCCAACAUUUUGGACAGAGGGAAAGGGCUGCGGAAAUGUCUUGACUCACAUCGAAGAGCUUAGAUCAUGGAGGAAUGGUGCGGUCUGCAGUGUUUAUAAACAAUGUAAGCCCGUCAGGGCAUGGGCGAGGAUAGAAUUCCAGUCGCUAAAGUGUGGUGAGGAAGGAUUGGACUCGAGGCAGGCCUAUUGGGCUUUCCAGGUGAGACUGAUCUCGGACGCCCAAGGCCAAAAGGGGCCGGGGACCGCGGAUUUCUUUCCUUUUUCGCAGCGGAAAAUGAAAAGUAGUAGUCGGACGGGAGAAGCUCGUUCGUGGUGUCGCCGUCGUCUGCGAAGAAAGCGCGGUUGUACUAUAAGACCAGGAAUGUGGGAUCCCUGCUCGGCUGCUGCUCUCCAACGUUAUUGGGUUUCUGCAAAAAGCAAGUGA